AUGCUGACCGAGAUGUACUGUUAUAACCCGGAAGCUGGCGCUGUGUGGGCUGGCGUUGGGUGGGGGCUCAUUGGAAUCGGACGGGUGUUUGGCGGGUCGGUUGGGAUGGAACUUUGUCGUUGGGCUGUUUUGGUCUGUUGGAUCGGUUGUGGUCCACGAACGCGUUGGUCACCAGAGCCCUCUCGGUGGCUGGAGCCUGCACAGUUGCUUGAUUGGAUGGAUUUCAGGCGGCGGCAUGUCUAUUUUUCUUGGCAGCUGUGUCAGGGUCUUUGCAAGCAAUCGACGGUUUUGUGGGUGGGGGACUCAGAGAUGGUGGGCAAUUGGGGACUGAAAGGGUUAUUGAAAGGACCUGUGCUACUUAGUGGCUCUGCAAGUGGCUUAGGGCAAGGUUUGUUCAUCGUCUUUUUUUGGAAGACGGGCGGAGUUGAAAGCCAUGAAAAGGAAGGUUUGAGAGAUCCGGAGAAGAUCCAGACUCGCUGGAGGCACAUUAGAUUGUUGAUCGAGGUUGGACAGUACCCACGGCGGGGGGAGACGAUAUCCGCGAUAAGAGAAACGGAAGGAGGCGAGAUUUGGGUGGAAGAGCAGCAGAAAAAACUGCUGUCUUCUCUUUAGGGUUUUUGUAUUUAUAUGGAACUCCAACGGCUAAUGAACAGUAUUAACAGCCAAUUGAAUUCCAUUAACCA